UAAUAAACACACCGCAACAGCUGUUGGUAUUGUCAGUUGUGUGGAACAACAACAGUGACGUUUUAUAAACAAUUAAAAUGGAUAAUUAUCCGCAAAAACUAAUCGAUCAGUAUUUAAAGGUCUCCAAUAAACUAAAAAAGUUCGAUAGAAUUGUAUUUAAGCGCUUUGCACCAAAUGUCACCGAGGUGUUGGAGGAAUUUGCACGUUUAGCGACACGCUUCGAGGAAGCUGGCGUUUACCAAUAUGCUGCUAUGUGUCACUUAGGCGUGGCUAAGUGUGAGCUCUCCGCAGGCAAUGUGGUCAAUGAAUGUCAGGCAUACUUAAAAGCAGCACGCGCGUUCAUGCGCGCCAACAAUACGAAUGCCACACUACAGUUACGUUCGCAUGGCGGUGAAUGCAAGGAGGGCGCAUUACGUUGCUACUGUCAAGCUUUAGAACGUUGUCCUGAUGACACUGUCUUAAAAGCGGCAAUAAUACGUGAAAUGUCACCACUACAACCACACUACGAAGGUUGUAGUAGCUUCGCUUCACCUGCACAUCGUAUCUUUGAAUUGGAGUUGUCCGCGCAUGCUGCACUGCAACAUAAAGACUUUCUCAGCGCACUACAACAACUCGAUGAUAUAGUGGACAAUAUAUGUGAACGUAAACAGCACGAAUUGUAUGCGGAUCUACUGCGGCGUGUGGAAAUCUUGCGACUAUUAUUACUUAUUGCAUUGAAUCUACCGCCAGCGCGACAAUCGCCUUCACAUAUUAAAUUAAUUGAAUAUUAUGAACGUUUGGCUGAACUCGAUGAUGAAAACACAACGAACACUAGUUCGCCACUGGCGACGGCUAGUGGUAGUCACUAUAGCACCGGUACUUAUGUACCGCUACAAAUGAAAUGGGAGUUCGCAGAGAUAGUGCUGGCUUGGAAAGAGUGUCGCAUGUUGGAUUUUAAAAUGAUGUUGGAACAAUUUUUGGUGAAAUUUAAUGCACUAAAUGAGGCGCACAGACAUGUAGUGCGGCACAUUUGCGAGCGUGUGGAGCAGAAAUAUUGAACGGUUGAUUGUGGGUUAUUUCAAUAAUUUAAAAAAUAAUUGGCGGAAUUGCAACAACAGUUAUCUCACCACAGUCGUUCUACGCAACCGGAACGGUCCCGGAUUUUUAUCCGACCAAGAACUGUUAAAACGGCAGCAUUCCUCAAAAUUAUUUGGGGAAUGUUUUAUGCCGCUACAACAACAACAGUUACCACGUCAGCAACAACAUUCCUUGCAAUUAUUGAUAGCUUGUUCGUCGCGUAUAUUGUAAUAUAUUUUGUUAUAAUUGUAAUAAAACUCGUUUAUUCUUGUUUUAAUGAAUGUCUGUAAAUUUUAUUUCAAUCGGUGUAGUAAUUAAUGUAUUAUUGUAGCUUCUGGCAUACUUCAUUUGCCGUUCAAAUACAUUUUUAAUAAUUUUUUUUUUUUUGAAUAUAAAAAAUUCACCUUCUAAUAUGUAACCUAUAGAUGUGUGUGUGUGUUCACAAUAAAGUAUAUGUCAAUUACUAAAGACCUAAAUGUGUACGUUGUUUUCAUUCAAAAAAAAUUUCAUUUAUCGUUAAUUCAACAAAUCUGUAAAAUUUAUUAUGGUCUCGAAAAGUAAAGCACAAGUUUGUUUUUCUCUUUAGAUUUUUGUGUUUUUUAAAACUGUGUUAUAUUCUAAAUUGAAAUUUUAGUUAUUCCGUAAGCUCCGUUGCCACCAUUUUUUCUUUUUGUAUUUAUUGGUUGGUUUAGAAGUACAUUCACAAUAUUAUUUGUAGCAUAGCAUACAUAUAUAGUAGUUAUUUAGUGCAUAAUAAAUUACUUAAACAAUCAAUCACAAAUGCCGUUUUAAUGCGCGGAAAUUUAUUAAGUUCUGCUAUUUUACUCAUUUAAACGUAUUUAUACCAUUAUGUCCGUAUUCUUCUUCAUAUAUAGUAAUUAUUUUUUUUGUGUUGUUCACAUACAGGGGGGAUACUGCUUUCGCCUUUUAGCUACAUCAUUUAAUAUAUACUUAUGUUUUGUAAUUUUUUAAUUUUUAAAUAAACAGAAAUUCGCUUGGCC